UGUUUUUAUUUUCAAUCGUCGAGCGAAGAUUACUUGCCUCCUUUCUGUCGAUUAGAAAUUGAAAGGAAAUUGCAGAUUUGUGACAGAUAGUUUUAGAAAUAGGUGAAGAUAGGUGACGACCCACGUGUGUAUAUAAUUACAAAAUGUCUAACAUAUUUAAUUUACUGGGCGGAAUCACCGAAUCUCGCAGAGGCCAAGUGAUGAAACCUAUUGGGCAGUCUGAAAUAUCUCAUGAUAUUAAACUGAAUUCCCUUAAGGCUAUGGGAGGUGCAAAACCAAAAGGAUUAUCAAUAAGAUCCCAUUCUGAUAUGAAUAUAUCUCAUAGCACACAUUCAGUUAAUAUUAAAAAAAAUACAGAAGAUAACAAAGAACAGGAUCGUUUAAAGUUGAAAGUAACACAAAUAGAUAAUGUUGGACGUCCAAUAUCUCCAGGAAAAGAAACAAAGAAACUAUUUGCACAACCAUCCAAGUUCAAAGAAUCUGCUCUAAAAGAAACGACUGUGAUUAAUAAAAGUACAAAAGCUCAAUUAAAUGAAGGUAUUUUCAAGAAACCAUUGUCUUCUAAAAAAAAUAUCAAGCAAUUUCCCAAAUCAGAAAAAUUAGCAUAUUGGCAUGAUGGUCAACAUAAAUUUGAUUAUGAAUAUAUUGAGAUCAUAGAAAAAGAAUUUAAAGACCUAUUUUCUAAGGAGAAAGAGAAUAUAAAGCCUUCUAAAGAAAAAGAACUGAUGCCAGAUUCACCGAUCUUAUUAGAAAUUCCAAAAUUGGCUUUUGAUAGAACUUUUGAUGAAGAACACAAAUUUUUGUUCCAUGAUCUACCUGAAAUAUCUGAUAUAUCCGAUGAUGAUCUGUAGUGAUAACUGUAAUAUAAGAAUUAUUUUAAUAUUGUAACCUUAGCUUCUUAUAAGAGUAGCUGUAAAGUCAAAUUCUGAUAUUAUAAUAAGUUAUUUUCUAUAAAUAGAUAUAUGUUUUUGCAUUGACAAAUAUAGUUAUAAAGCAUUGUAAUUACGUGCACGUUAAAUUAUUUUUAAACGAUAAAAAAAGAAAAAAAAAAUGUAUUUUUUAUAUUAAGCCGACAUUGAAAAAAAAAAUUAUAAAUUGUAUAUGUGUGUGUGUGUGUUUGUGUGUACGCGCGCGCGCGUAUGUAUGUAUACAUACAAUUUAUAAUAAAUUUUUUUUCUAUAGUAUUCACACAUACAAGAAUUAUUUAGAUUACUAAGAAUAUUAUCUUUUUCUUUUAUUAGUAUAAUGUUUUAUUAAAGCAGCACACGCAUAUUUUCUAUGAAUUUGACACAGUUGUAGCAUAUAAUGGCUAAGGAAUGCAGAUAGAAAAACCAUAUUAUUAUUAAAUAUAUUUUAACCUUAAACAUAUUUUACAAAUAUUGCAAAAUUAUAUUUCUUGAAAAAGAGCUAUAAUAUUUUAA